AUGGCAGCCCACACAGUUCUAGGAAACCUGUCCAUCGAAAACACCGCUAUUUUCUUGUGUGAUAUGCAAGAAAAGUUUCGCCCUCACAUCAAAUAUUUUAACGAUAUUCUAACAGUCUCACAGAGAGUGGUACAAGCUUCAAAGAUUCUAGGGAUACCAUUGAUAGUAACAGAACAGUAUCCUAAAGGUCUUGGCAGCACUGUCUCGGAGUUGGAUGUCAGCCAUGCUAAAGGAAUAUAUCCAAAAACCAAAUUCUCAAUGGUUGUUCCAGAAGUGGAAAAUGCCAUGAAGGAAAUUCCAAACUUGAAAUCUGUUGUAUUACUUGGAAUUGAGGCACAUGUGUGUAUCCAACAAACCACGUUGGAUCUGUUAACAGAAGGUGUAGAAGUCCAUAUUGUUGCUGACGCUACCUCAUCCAGAAGUCAGAUGGAUAGAACAUUUGCAUUUAGUAGACUGCGUCAAGCAGGAGCAAUUAUCACAACCAGUGAAGCUGUCCUUCUACAACUAGUUGCUGACAAGGACCAUGAUAAAUUUAAAGAAAUUCAAGGCCUAAUUAAAAUUAGUGCCCCCAUGUCUGGCCUUGAAUCAUCUCUGUGAAAGAUAAAUUCAUGUUCCAGAGCCAAUGCAAUAAUUAUACAUGUGACAGGACCUUAUAACCAAUAGGGUGUUAACAUUCAGUAGACAUGUGACAACAGACAAUGCAUAUAUAAUGAAGAAAAAAACAACAUUCAUUGAGAUACAAUUCAGAUUCCUUGGGGUUUUCACUGGUCAAUGAAUAUUCAGUUCCCAAGGCCAAAUUUGGUUAAAUGGUGAAACGUACACAUUAUUUCCCCGGGCACCAUUUUGUGAAGGGAAACUGACAAUAUUUGACAUGAUGUCUAUUAAUCGCAGGUAUUUUCUCCUAUCUAGUGCCACCAUGUGGUGACAAUGAUUUGGUUUAAAUAAGUGAUUAAAAAUAGAUUUAUUUUUCAAGACAUCGCAAUGAUGUGUUUUAGUCUUGUAAUUCAUGAUCACUGAUUCGAGAAUGUUCUGGGAAAU